GGCCAGUCCAGAUCUGAUGAGAUCAUUUCCCUGGGAGCAGGGAGCCCAGCUUUGUGCAGGCGGACCACGCCCCGCGUGCGGUGCACCAGGCUAGGUUAGCGCACAGCUGCUACAUCCGGGCGCUCUGCUCGGUUUACAACAAACCCUGCGAAGAUGGCGACUUCAGGGAGGAGUGCAUUAUUAUCCUCCACGUCAACUGGACCUAAGAGCACACUGGAAAACUCCAACCCAGAGGAGGAUGACGGACAGGACUUAUGGUCCACCAUCCUGAGUGAAGUGUCAACCCAUUCAAGAUCAAAGCUACCGUCUGGGAAAAAUGUCCUGGUCAUGGGUGAGGUGGGUUCGGGGAAGACCACCUUGGUUGCAAAGCUACAGGGGAUUGAAGAGUACAUGAAAGGGCGUGGCCUGGAAUACCUCUACUUCAGUGUCCAUGAUGACGACAUUGAUGACCACACUAGGUGUAAUGCCUGGGUGCUAGACGGAGACCUUUACCACAAAGGUCUGCAGGGAGUAGCUGUGCCAGUGGACUCAAUCGGCAACACGUUGCUGCUGAUAACGCUUGACAUGUCGCGGCCAUGGAAUGCCCUGGACUCUCUUCAGAAGUGGGCCGCUGUCGCUAGGGAACACAUCGACAAACUCCGAGUUGCCCCGGAAACGCUGCGGGAGCUGGAGCACAGACUUGUAAAACAGUUUCAGGAGUACACAGAACCAGGCAGUGGGGAGGAUGGCACCCUGCAGAGGAGGAGUGAAGAUGAGGAGAGCGUGCUGCUGCCAUUAGGAGACAACACACUCACACACAACCUGGGAAUACCAGUGGUGGUGGUCUGCACCAAGUGUGACGCCAUCAGCACAUUGGAGAAGGAGCACGACUAUAGAGACGAACACCUGGACUUCAUCCAGUCUCACAUCAGACGUUUCUGUCUGCAGUACGGGGCGUCCCUGGUUUACACAUCGGUGAAGGAGAUGAAAAACUUGGACAUCCUGUACAAAUAUCUGGUCCACAGACUCUACGGCUUUCCCUUCCACUGCCCGGCACAAGUGGUGGAAAGAGAUGCUGUCUUCAUUCCUUCAGGUUGGGACAAUGAGAAGAAGAUUGCCAUACUUCAUGAGAACUUCCAGACAGUAAAAGCAGACGACAGCUUUGAGGACGUAGUAGUCAAACCGCCAGUCAGAAAGCAGAUUGUACAUGAAAAGGAGAUUCAGGCAGAAGAUGACCAAGUGUUUCUGGUAAAACUGCAGUCGCUGCUUGCCAAACAGCCCGCUGUGACAGCAGGGCGACCAGUGGACACCACCAGCAGAGCACCAACCGGUUCCCCCAGGACGAGUAACCGCUCCGCAGCGGCCAACGUAGCAAACGCCAUGCCACAGUCGGGUCAGACCAGUGAGGGUGUGUUGGCCAACUUCUUCAACAGUCUACUGACAAAGAAAGCAGGGACAGGGGGGCCCGGGACGCCAGGCGGCGGUAACAACACUCCAGGAACAGUACGGAAGUCAGACAUGAAUAUAACACAUGGUUCGAAGCUGGGCCUGGGCGAUGUACAGGCGGAGCUGGACCGCAUAUCCAGCCGGGAGACUGACUCGGACUUGCCCAAUGCCAACGACACCCCUGCCACCGACGGCCAGGACACAUGAAGACCAACGCACUUCACCCUGCCCCCCUCCCACCCAAACACCUCAGUCAUCUUCCACCUCCCUUGUCCCCCCCCCCACUCCAUUACAAAGAUGCGGUGAGAAAGAGGGACGUAGGGGAAAAGGAGGGGUGGACACACAGUUCUCCCUCCCCAUCGUCUUUCACUUUCUCCUCAAAGAAGAACUCACCCUCUCUUCCCCUACCACUUUUCCAACACCUCCCCCCCACCUUCUCUUCCUGGCUGUUACGCUGAGGGCGAGUAUUUGUCACUGUUACAUAAAGACUGUCUGUUACAUGAGAGUAAAUGGGUAUGGGGGACCAAUGGGGGUGUGGAGGCUGGGAUGAGAAGAAGUAAGAGGCGGGUUAAAAAAGAUUGAUUGCAAGAACGAAAGCGAGGGUGUUUUAUCCAUCCAUUUCUUGUGAUGGUACAAUUAGUGUUUUUACUGUAGGAACUCCUGAAGGGCGCAUGUUGAAGAAACUGCACUUAGGUACUCUAGGGAUGAUUGUGUGAUUGUGUGCUUAAUGUAUGUGGGGCAAGUCAUGCUUCGCCAGAGGAAGAGAUUGAGAACAAAAAAUAAUAUGCCUGAAACAAAAUUGCAAACAGUCUUGUUUUUUUAAGAUGAAGGGACAAACAUACCAGUAUUUGUGUGUGUGUGUGUGUGUGUGUGUGUGUGUGUGGGAAGAGGAAAUUAAGGAAGUUACUUCAACCUAGACCUGUAUGUUGAGAGAUUUUUGGCUGUUUGCAUUUCAACCAAAAGGCAAAAAACAUUACUAUGCUCUUACACUACUACUGUUUAAAGCUCUUAAAACAGUGCAUACACUAUUAUUACAGCAGCCCUGUCUGCUAGACUACACAAACCAGACAUGACAAAAAAAACAAAAAACAAAAAAAAACUUCAGAAUAAAAGUUCACACUCAAGCACUAGUCCUGUGUAGAAGCCACCUAAGGUCCAUCAUGGCACCCAGUUCUACAAUUGGCCAAACUUCCCUAGUGGGACAUACUGCUCAAACCUGUAGAUAACAGACAGUGCACUGAAAAGGGAGGGUGGUAGAGGGUAGUAGGGGGUGGGUAGCUGAGGUUUACUUGUACAGAAAGAAGCACUAGUGAUUCAGUUCCAUAGUUACUGCGGGUGGGCAAGGGGGUCAGAACAAGGGGUCUCACCAAGAAUGUACAGUCAUUGUCUCGCUGAUUGGUCCUGUUAUUUCAGAGCUCUGUGUUGGCGUUUGUAUAAUCAGAUCUGUUAAUCAGUCAAAUAAAAGGUGUAUUUAUUCGGA